CGCGUCAGGAAGAUGGCGCUGCGUCUGCUGUGGAGAGCGCCACAUGGAACGCCGGCGGCGGCGCUGCCGAGGCUGAAACCAUUUCUGGCGGCUCAUGUGCGCAGGCUUGGAUAUAGUUCCUCAACCCAUCACAGGUACAUUCCACGGAGGGCCGUGCUCUAUGUACCUGGAAAUGAUGAAAAGAAAAUAAAGAAGAUUCCUUCCCUGAAUGUAGAUUGUGCAGUGCUCGACUGUGAGGAUGGUGUGGCAAUGAACAAAAAGAACGAAGCUCGACUGAGAAUAGUAAAAACUCUUGAAGACUUUGAUCUGGGCCCAACUGAAAAGUGUGUGAGAGUCAACUCGGUGUCCAGUGGUCUGGCCGAAGAGGACCUGGAGACCCUCCUGCAGUCCCGGGUCCUUCCCUCAAGCCUGAUGCUGCCCAAGGUGGAAGGUCCUGAAGAAAUCCAGUGGUUUUCAGACAAAUUUUCAUUCUACUUAAAAGGCCGAAAACUUGAACAGCCUAUGAAUUUAAUCCCUUUUGUGGAAACUGCAAUGGGCUUGCUCAAUUUUAAGGCCGUGUGUGAAGAAGCACUGAAGACCGGACCUCAAGUGGGUCUUUUCCUAGAUGCAGUCGUUUUUGGAGGAGAAGAUUUUCGGGCCAGCAUAGGUGCAACAAGUAGUAAAGAUACCCAAGAUAUUCUGUACGCCCGACAGAAGAUUAUCGUUACAGCGAAGGCCUUUGGUCUGCAGGCCAUAGAUCUGGUAUACAUUGACUUUCGAGAUGGAGAGGGGCUCCUCAGGCAGUCAAGGGAAGGAGCUGCGAUGGGAUUUACUGGUAAGCAGGUGAUACACCCUAACCAAAUUGCGGUGGUACAGGAACAGUUUUCUCCUUCCCCUGAAAAAAUUAAGUGGGCUGAAGAACUGAUCGCUGCCUUUAAAGAACAUCAACAAUUAGGAAAGGGAGCCUUUACUUUCCAAGGGAGUAUGAUCGACAUGCCAUUACUGAAGCAAGCCCAGAACAUUGUUACGCUUGCCACAUCCAUCAAGGAAAAAUGAUCUGUUAAAUGAAGCUCUCAUCAGGAGCUGGGCCAAGCUGCAGUCCUGAAGCCGGGAGUCCUGCCUGAAGUCUGAAGAGUAAAGGCAGUUUGUAAACAGCCUGUCAGAUUCACUAAGGGAACAAAAACACUCAGUCUUGUCCCAUUCUCACUUUAGCUAUACACAGGGAAGUGGAAAGCUGCGCUCUGGCUUAGGACAGAAUUGGGCCAACCGGAUGUACCUUUUUCCAGUAUGAGCUCUUAUUCAGGAACCAAGGAAGUUCCUUUAGUUUAAAUGCUGAACACUGAGUCAGAGACAAAGCUUUCUAUUUAUCAGAAAAGUAUAGAAAACUCACCCUCGGAUCACCUGUGCCUGUUGACCUAGAGGGAGUCCUGUAACUCUGUUAGACUUCUCCAUUGGUCAAAAUCAGUUUCUCCCACUGUGUGUGCAACAUGUAAACCUAUGGAAG